AUGGGCUCUCCUAUUUCUCUUGUAAUUGCCAACAUCUUCAUGGAGCAUUUUGAGAAAGAGGCCCUCCGAAAAACAAUCAAAAAACCAGAAGUUUGGUUCCGUUAUGUAGAUGACACAUUCGUGAUAUGGAAACACGGCAGAGCCGAACUCCGUAAAUUCCUUACUUUCCUCAACAAACAACAUCCAAAUAUCCACUUCACUAUAGAUGUAGAGGAAAACGAAGAACUCCCCUUCCUAGAUGUUCUUGUCUCUAAGAAAGCUGACGGCACCUUAGGCCAUCAAGUGUACAGGAAACCGACACACACAGACAGAUACCUAUAUGCCGAAUCGCACCACCACCCAGCACAAAAACAGUCAGCAAUCAACUCACUAGUACAUAGAGCGUUCACCAUCUCUGACAAAGAACAUCUGCAGACAGAACUCGACCACCUAAAACUGGCCUUACAGAAAAACGGACACGACAAAAAGAUAUAA